AUGGCCAAUCUCGAGUCUCGCAAACACAUCUCGCCCGAUUCAGGGUUUCCCAUUUCGAUCCAUCCCCAUUUCAACCCCAAGAUCCGUGACUGGACCCCUCCGGAGCCGUUACGAAAAGCGUUCACUCCCGACAAGGACCGGGCGAGCUUUGCUGAUCCAGAAAAGAAGGCACUGUUCUCAGCUGCCAAGGCUGUACAUCUGACGGAGUCUCUCGGCACCGUGCUGGAAGGCGUGCAAAUCUCGCAGCUUACACCUCAGCAGCUAGACGAGCUCGCCCUCUUGGUUGCCGAGCGUGGCGUUGUAUUUUUUCGAGACCAGGACCUUACUACAGAGAAGCAAGUUGAGGUGUUCGAGCACUAUGGAAUCUUGGACCGCCACCCUGCACAGAGGGACACUAAGCACGUUGUUAUUCGUGGCAGCCGUGAUGAUCACCGGGAGAUAUCCAAGUACACGCCCUGGGGCUCGUCUGAGUGGCAUGCCGACACCUCUUUUGAGCUGAACCCGCCUUCGUACUCAAUGUUGCGCAUGGAGGAGCACCCGGACGUUGGCGGCGACACCGCCUGGGUCUCACAGUAUGGCCUCUAUGACGAGCUCAGCGAAGCGCUGAAGAGAUUCGUGGACGAGCUGCAUGCCGUGCACACUUCUCGGCUGCAGUACGACACCAUCCUCGACCUCUGGGGAUCGGGACCCAACCGGCCACCGAUCGAUACGCAUCACCCGGCCGUUCGCACACAUCCAGUCACCGGCCUCAAAGCCUUGAAUAUCAACCUAGGCUUCGUCAUCGGUUUUGCCGAGCUGAAGAAGCCCGAGUCGGACAAGCUUCUCGACUUCUUUGCGGGCCACAUCCAUUCGGCCGACGACCACUUGGUCCGCUGGAAGUGGACAGUCGGCAGCGUGGCCAUGUGGGACAAUCGGUGCACAAUCCAUCGUGUCAUCCCCGGUCGCUACGAGGCGAAUCGGCGCGGCAUCCGGACAACUGUGUUUGGCGAGAAGCCCUUCUUUGACCCGAAAAGCGAGAGCCGAUAUGAAAGAGAGGACCGGCUAAAGGGUAAGCGGGUGGUCGAACCAAUUGCUCAUAUCGUCGAGGCGGAAGCGAACAAAGUGGAAAUACAAUCUGAGAAAAGCAAGGAGGCGGCCAAGGAUAAAGCCCACGAGUUGACUUCCUCCUCCGGUGUCCCACCCGCCUAUUCUGUUCAGUCGCCCGGGGACGACAGCACUGCCGAUCCGGGUGACCAGUUGGCUGCCGCGCUGGGAAAUUUGAAGCUGUCAAAUGUUGUUGGAGAUCCAGAUAACGACAAAUGUCUAGCUCACCUUCGCUUCCUCUAUGCAUUGCACGCACUGAAGGAGGACAUUGGCUACACAGAUGGCCUCUGGGGCCUGUGGGAUUCGCGUGCCCUUGCAAGCUUUGAGCCAAAGCUGCCGGACGGCCAGCCACAGCCGAAAACAGAACAGGAACGGUUGCAGGCCCGACUGAGUCUUGUGAGGGAGAAGAGGUGGUCUCUCUUCGUCACACGGGCAGUUGACCGGUACACGGCCUGGUGGAACACGUUUCCAAAGAACAUUUUGCAGCAAACGCACAUGGGGCAGAAGAAAAGCCCCCAUUACAGCACCUUUCCCACGGCCAGCGAACCGAUGACUUGGAGCCAAGACAUGAUCCCUCCACUAGAUGUCAUGAUGGUAUUUCAUGCCCAUAUGCUCAACCCGCGCAACUUUCUCGAAGACUGCAUGCGCGACGGCCUCAGCGGUCUCUGGGCGGCCGGCUUUCCCUGGGCCAUAGUCAACGAAUCCAUUCAGGCCGAGUUUGACUACAGCGUUCCGGACACGACAAAGGAGCGAUGGACACAGCUGACGGGCUGCAGCUGGGACAACGUGGACGACCCAAUGACAAAGGAGCUGAAGUGCCCGGCGUGCCAGCAGAAGGUGAUAGUGCCCUGGACAACAUGCGGCACGGACAAGGACAACCAGAAGAAGAGCGACGAAGACAAGGAGGAAGACCUGGUUGGCACGGGUUACGGCGACGGAAAGUUUCUCGUCAAAUGCAUGGUGUGUGAAACCCCGAUCGACAACCGGCUGCUCUCGGUCGCCAAGUUUGUGCGAGACGCAAGCGACCUCAUCCGCAGCGACAAGCCGAUGCCAGGCACGGUACUCAAAGCCAAUACAGGACAGCCAGAGGACAUUGCGGGUAACGUUGGCGACGAUCCACGGACAUAUCCGAACAAGCUGAUCAAGUCGGAGAUGCUGGGCUGGACACUGAGCCUGAUCCCGGCGCGGCCGGAGCUGGACGACAAAACUGGCGUAAUUAAGCCGCCCCCAACGAUGGAGCUUGUGCGCGCCAAGUUUGAGGAGAUUGUGGAAGAUGCCGACAAGCUCUUCAAGUUCGUCGCCGACCGGCGAUACCGGCCCAAGAAGCUGUCGCGCGAGUCGCGGCUGGCAGUGCGUCGGCUGAUGAGCCGAUAUUGGGACAACGUAGGCCCAUUUGCGCUCGACCUCGUCGGCGCGGUGUUGCGCCAGGGCGUCUUUGGCGACAAGAUGCGACGCAUCGACUGGCUGCACAGCCCGGCGGCCGUUGAGACCAUGACCCGGCUCGUGGUCAAGUACGGCCGCUUCUUCAGCAUCAUGGCCGAGAACCCGGAGCAGACCUGCGUGCCGACGCUCGACGUCGAUCUCGCCUGGCACACGCACCAGCUCAGCCCGCAGGCCUACUAUAAAUACAGCCUCCGGCUGACCAAGUACCGGCCUCACCUGAGCGUGCCGAAGCUCAUCGACCACGACGACAAGAUCGACGAGGACCGCCUCAACCUCGCCUUUGAGUUCACCAGCAAGAUGUACCAGCAGCAGUACGACGAGGUCUACAGCGAGUGCACCUCCAUCCGAGCGGCCCACGUCAGCUCAGCCGGCAAGCUCCUCGGCGUCUCCAAGCAAGACCGCAUCGCCGAGACCUUUUACCGAUCCGGCCAGGCCCAGUUCUGCCCGCCAGAUCGAUCUGCCCACAUCUCGGCCCACAACGCAGUCACCUUUGCUGAUACCGUCAGCUCGUCCGUCGCGCGGAAAGCUCAUGACGUCCAGAUGCGCCGCCUCGAGCAGAACUACAACAAGGCCGUCAAACGGGCCGAGAAGCGCGGCCGCAAGCUGCCGCCUCGCGACGAGUACUACGACCACUGGGGCUACGCGUACUUUAUGUACUCUCCCUACGUCUACCCGGGCUACUUCACUCCCGGAAUGUACUACGGUGGCGAUCCGGGCUGUGUGCCGACCGGCUCGGGCACCUGGGGAAGCUGUGCUGGUGGCACCUGUAGCGGUAGUGGCGUUGCAGCUGGCGCUUGCGGUGGACCUGGUGGAUGUGGUGUUAACUCAUGUGGCGGACAUCCAGCCACAACUACGGAGCAGCCAGACUUUGAUCUUUCGGUCGAUAUUUCUGUCGUUGCUGUGACCGUCCCAGAGGGAUUUUGUGACGGCUCUAUCGGUCUCGAGGAUGUCGAGGCCACGCACUGCGUCUUGCUCUCGGCCUGCUUCUACGCCGACUGGUCGAGGCCCCCCAUGAACCUCACCCAUCACGUGACUGACUUCCGCAGCGGCCGCUGUACUCCCACCUUCCGACUCACUGAACUGGAAGCCUGUUCAGGGCACGAUCGUGUCCGGCAAUGCAACCUACAUGGUCAUACGCAAUGA